UAUUUACAUAAUGGCUGCCAUUAGGUUCUUCCUACAAUCUACAUUUCUCUUAUAUUUCUGUUUAGUCAUACAAGGAAAUGAAGUGGUUUAUUUUUGUCCAUUACAACCCGUUGUAAUCACGUGUAAUGUAGAUUUGGUCGGAGAACACGUUGUAUACUGGUAUUACAAUAAUUCCACUAACGCUGUUGCCGCAUACACAUUUCGUUAUAAUACAUCUUGGCCAAAUGACAAGAGUUCACCCUACUUUCCCAUGAAUGAUCAACUUCAUAUUAACGCAGCAGAAGACAAAGACCUCUGGAUUUGUAAGAAUGGACGCCGACAGACUAAAACCUUUGUUUUGCAUCAAUUCCGAACACCAAAUGUUUCAAGCGAGAUUCUAAACUGUCCGAAAGAAGCUGUAGACAGGGGAAUGCUGCUUAGGUUAACAUGUAUAGCUUCUCAGUUCUAUCCUGAAGAAUCUGUUGAAGUGCUGUGGACUAGCAGUGGAGAUAGACAUAUGUGUUUAGAAACGAACACGACGCGUCGUACCACCACUUCACUCCUUCCUAGUAAUAGUUCUUCCAGGUUUAACUUGAGAUCAGUUGUUUCAUUCAACGUAUUAGACAGUCGUAACGUCACGUGUCAUAUAUAUGGAUCAGCAAUGUGCACAAAAAAUGUAACAACGAACUGUAGUGUAGUAAUCACAGAUACAAGUGAACAAACAUGUUUUUCAAAGGGUCUGUUGGUUUCCAUUGCUGCUCUAAUAUUGUUCAUCAUCAUUGUGGCUUUCUGCUUGCCCGUAUUGUAUUACAAUGAACGAUGGUGUUUCAAAAACAACCGUGUGAAGGCAAUCAUUGAAAAGUAUGGUGGCAAAUUUUUUUACAGCGACGUUAAGAAGAACUAUAAAGAGGGUAGGCCUAAUGUGAAAGGCAAUGAAGAAGGAAGUUCGUUCAUCCCUACUAUCAAUCCAAACACGAUAGAUGAUUUAAUUGUUAAUGUUUAGUGUUACUUUAGAAGAGGACGAGUUGUGCUGCAGCAAAUUCCACUUGCAAUUAUUAUAAAUUUUUUUUGGGGAGGGGGAAGGGGGGUUGGAAUUUGAAGUUGAGAAUUUUCUUUAUUUGAUGAAUUUAACCGAUUAUUUUUUUAAUUAUAAUUGUCAAUUGUUCUACAUUAACCUGGGUGGCUUGGGUGGUUGACUGUAAGCGAUGGUAGGUUUGUCUCCUAAGACAUCUCUAAGGUAUGGGUCUGUUGUAAUUAUCGUUUAAGAUUAUCGAUGAUACGUGAUUUUAGUGUUAAAGAGUUGCUUAAAGAUGUAUUCUCCUAUAAAAAAAAAUACCAACAAAAAUCAUAAAAACUAUUUUUGAGAUUAACUUGCUUAUUUUCAAGAUAAAUUAUCAACUUGAAAGAAAUUAUUGGCUUUGAAAAUGCUUAAAAGCGAAAAAAUGAUAGAAACUCUCACACUGUAAGCUUUUUUUAACUGUUAUUAUCAUUAUCCAGUGUAAAAUCAGGGUACACAUUUUUUGUAUUCAAUAAUUUCUAUACUCAAGAUAAUAAUUUUGU